ACAUAUUCGAUAUUAACCGAGCAGACUCUCAUUCUCUAAUCAUUUUUGUUGAAAAAAAAUGAGAGCAGUAGUGAUAACAACACCAGGUGCAGCAGAAGUUCUACAGUUACAAGAAGUAGAAGACCCACAAUUUAAAGACGAUGAGGUCUUGAUCAAGGUUCACGCCACCGCCGUUAACCGCGCUGAUACCAUCCAAAGAUUAGGCAAGUACCCACCUCCUAAGGGUGCCAGUCCCUACCCUGGUCUUGAAUGUUCUGGCACCAUUGAAGCUGUUGGGACACUUGUUUCUCGCUGGAAAGUUGGCGAUCAGGUAUGUGCACUUCUUAGUGGAGGAGGGUAUGCGGAGAAAGUGGCGGUUCCGGCUGGACAGGUUCUUCCUGUUCCAUCUGGUAUUUCGCUUACGGAUGCUACUGCUUUUCCUGAGGUUGCUUGUACUGUUUGGUCCACUGUUUUUAUGAUGAGUCGGCUGUCUGCUGGAGAAUCAUUUCUGAUUCAUGGGGGUUCUAGUGGGAUUGGCACUUUUGCAAUUCAGAUAGCCAAAUACCGUGGUGUUAAAGUGUUUGUCACAGCAGGGAGUGAGGAAAAAGUAGCUGCUUGUAAGGAGCUGGGUGCCGAUGUAGGCAUCAAUUACAAGACUGAGGACUUUGUUGCACGGGUAAAGGAGGAAACUGGUGGCAAAGGUGUUGAUGUCAUUUUGGAUUGUAUUGGUGCACCUUACCUUCAGAGAAAUCUGGACAGCUUAAAUGUUGGUGGGAGGCUUUUUAUCAUUGGCUUCAUGGGUGGAACUGUAACAGAAGUAAAUCUGGCUUCAUUGUUGGCAAAGCGCCUUACGGUGCAAGCGGCUGGCUUGAGAACUAGAAGUACAGAAAACAAAGGAGAAAUUGUGAACGAGGUGGAGAAGAAUGUAUGGCCUGCAAUCCUUGAAGGAAAGGUGAAGCCUGUGGUUUACAGAGCUUUUCCAUUAUCCGAAGCAGCAGAAGCUCACCGGCUCAUAGAAAGUAGUCAGCACAUCGGCAAGAUCUUGCUACUCACAUGAUGCCAUGGAUGGUUAAGCGGCUUUUUAGCCGGUAAUGACAUUGAUAGUGAUGUGUUCUGAAUGUACGAAUGGAGCACUUAUUCCGAACUUCUUUCUAAGUGUUCUUGUAAUUAAGGAAUAAACUGUAAUCAAGAAAUGACUAAUAGAUUUAAAUUUCGACA